GUUUCCUGUCACCUCAGCUAGAGCAGAUGCCGGAGCACACUCUCAUGGUUCAGAACGUGGCCAUCAGACAGCUGCAGGAGGCCGCGCGCGCCUCCGGGGACCGCCUUUUCCAGGUCUCCGAGGAAGUCCCCGAAGACCUGUGGCUGGUGAACGGUGCAGUGGAGCCUGUUCUGACCGUGUCCUCGACGGAAUGGCAUCGGUUGCGCUUGGUAAUGGCCGGAGUUUCGAGGUGGCUCUGGCUGGAUUUCGGGCAGUGCCAGGUCGCGCUGCUCGCAAAAGAUGGCAUCUACAUCGACGACUUCCCACGAUGGAUCUCGCACGUCUCCCUGCCCCCCGGAGGGCGGGCCGACGUCGUCGCACGCUGCCCCGGCAGCAAAGACGGCUUGGAGCACACGGUGAACUCCCACGACUGGCCUGGUGUUUGGCCGAAAUCCUACGUGGGGCCCCUCUUCUCCAUCCGGUCCUUUCAGGGCUCCAAGAGCGCCCCAAAACGGGAGCACCUGGAGCCCUGGCGUCCCCAGAGAAGACCUGGAUAUCUUCGGGACCUGCGCGAUCAAAGCGCCGACUGCGCCUGCAAGACUAUGCUUCAUAUGAGGUGGAUCGAUGAUUUGCUCUUCCGAG